GGCGCAGAUGCUCAAGCAGGCGGCGGGGCCUGGAGCCUACUCGCCAGAGAUCCUGGUCAUGGCGCCCUCUCGGGAGAGCUGGCCAUCCAGAUCGAGGACGAGGCGAAGAAGUUCACGAGGGCCACGGGCAUCUCCACCCUGGCCUGCUAUGGGGGCGAGGGCCUCCGGCGGCAGCAGCUGGGGUCCCUGCGGGAGCGCCCGGAGUGCGUGGUCGGCACGGUGGGGCGGCUCUGCGACUUCAUCGAGAACGAGUUCUUUGCUCCCUUCGGUUCGGCGUCAAGAACGUGCGCUGGCUGAUCCUGGACGAGGCCGACCACAUGCUGGGCGAGGGGCUGAGCGACAAGAUCAGGAAGAUCACAACGGACGUGGAGACGAAGACGCGCCAGACGUCGCUGUUCUCCGCGACGAUGGACUCGGAAGUCACGGACCUAGCGACGUGGGUCACCCGAGUCCCGGUGGAGUGCCGCGUCGGACUGAAGGACCCCCUGAGGGCCAACCCCGACAUCGACCAGCGCGUGCUCAUCUCGAAAAAGGAAACACAGACGAUGGCGACAAGGAAGGCGCCUUGAAGACCCUCCUGCGCAGGUUCUUCUCGUCCGCCGGCUCCAUCGAUCCGGGCCGGGUGCUGAUCUUCGCCGGCGAGUCGGACGAGGGGGGACAUGCCCGACCUGAGACGAGGCGGAUGUGCUGGCGAAGAAGCUGCAGAACGCCCUCCAGACCACCAAUGUGGAGGUGCUCCACGGGAACCUGAAGCAGGACGGGAAGCGGGAGAAGGCCAUGGAGAAUUUCCGCAGCGGCGAGGCACCCAUACUGGUGGCCACCAACGUCGCUGGCAGGGGCCUCGACGUGAAGGACCACGACGUCAACCUCGUGGUGAACUUCGACCCGCCCGAGGACGGCAUGGACUACGUCCACCGCAUCGGGCGCACCGCACGGGCGGGCAGGAAGGCGAGCC